ACGGCGCGGCGUCCCUGCCCCUCCCUCUCUUCCCCACGGCCGCCAUGUCUGAGGAAGAGGAGGCGGUGGCCGAGGCUGAGGAGAUUAUUCGGAGCCAGAGGAUCUUCCUCAACCACCUGGACUCCUACUGCGGCCGUAACAUCGGGAAGUACCUAUCAAAUGCUAUUGUUGGAGCCUCUCUGGACGAAAUUGCAGAGGAAGAAGAGGAAGAAGAUGAAGGGAGAUCAGCUGCUGAAAUUUUACCUCCAAAACCAAAGGAAGGACUAUACCAAAUUGUGGGAAGUCUUUCACAGGAAACAGAUAAAAAGCCAGAUUUUGCUGUGGAAGCAUAUACAACAACAUAUCGGGAUGAGUUGUUAGCUCGCAUGUUAGAAUGUGACAUAAUUAUUUAUAACAUCACUGAAGAUGCAAAACAGAUUGAAGAAGCAACCUGGGCAGCCACUGUGUUAAAUGAGGAAUCAGUCAACUUUGAGAAGCAGAAGGUGUUCAUUCUACUAUCAACAAUCAUGACGUGGGCACGAAGCAAGCCUCUUGAUCCUGAUGAUCCAGAAAUACCUUUUACUGAAGAAGAUUAUCGGCGAAGGAAACCUCAUCCGAAUUUUAUAGAGCAUACCAAUGCAGAAAAAACUAUUAUAAAACUUGGAAAAAAUAAUAAAAGCAAAUUUGCUACCUAUGUCGUGGCUUCAGGUCUUCAGUAUGGAGCUGAAGAAAGACUCCUACACUACUUUUUUAAGGUAUCUUGGCUUGGCGAGCUCCCUAUCAUACCUAUUUUUGGAGAUGGACGGAAUUUUAUUCCAGCAAUUCACAUUGUUGAUUUGGCGGCAGUGUUACAGAAUGUAGCAGAUCACAGACCAAGAACUCAUUACAUAAUCGCGGUGGACGAAUCAAUACACACGCUUGGGGAAAUAGUGAGGAGCAUCAGCAAAAAUGUGGGCCCAGGAAAAACACAAAAGAUUCCAAAAGAUAGUGCAUUCCUAAACAAAGAUCUAACGCAAGCACACUUAGAUGAACUACUUGUGAACCUACGAAUGGAAGCUGUGAUUCUGAAAGAGACUUUCAACAUUAAGUGGGUUUCUCAAGGAGGAAUCGUGGAGAACAUAGAACAAAUUGUCAACGAGUACAAGCAAAGCCGAGGAUUAUUGCCCAUCAAAAUUUGUGUACUUGGUCCUCCUGGAGUAGGAAAAACCUCCAUAGCAGAACUAUUAUGCAAACAUUACAAGGUGCACCACAUUAAAAUAAAGGAAGUAAUCACUAAAGCAAUAGAAAAUCUGGAGAAAAUUAUUGCUCCUAAAGAUGUACCAGAAACUAUAUUAGAGGAGGAGGAGGAGGAGGAGGAAGAAGAGGCAGAAGAAGAAGGAGACAAUAUAGAAGAAGCUCAGGAAUUGUUAGAUGCAAUUAAAGAAAAUAUGGAACAAAAUGCAGGUCGUAUAGAUGAUCAGUAUGUGAUUAGGUUUAUGAGGGAAACACUAACAUCUAUGCCAUGUAGAAACCAAGGGUAUGUUUUGGAUGGGUUUCCAAAAACCUAUGAGCUGGCUAAGGAUCUCUUUAAUCUUGAAGAGGAGGAGGAGGAAGAUGAUACAAGAGGGAAAAUUCACCACUUUGAUAAAGUAAUAACGCCCGAUUUUAUUGUUUCUUUGAAUGCACCUGAUGAAUUUCUGAAAAACCGAAUCAUGAAUCUCCCCGAAUCUGUUGUUGCUGGAACUCAUUAUGCCCAGGACCGAUACUUAAGAGCCCUGAGUCUUUUUAGGGAAUUAAAUACUGAAGAUGAAACUGUUCUCAACUACUUUGAUGAAAUAGAAAUGCAUCCUCAGAAUAUUGAUGUAUCAAAGUUUGAGGGUCUGGAAAACAGUGUUAUAGCGAGAGAAAUAAUAAAAAAUAUUGGCGAGCCUCGAAAUUAUGGUUUGACAGAUGAAGAACUGGAAGAAUUUGAACGGAAACAAGCAGAGGAGCGCCUUGCCAAGGAAGCUAAAGAAAAAGCUGAAUUGGAGAAAAAAGAAGCUGAUGAAAAGGCUCAAAAAUUGGCAAAUUGGGAAGAAUGGAAUAAACGUUUAGAUGAAGUGAAGCGACAAGAACAAGAGCUUUUGGAAGCCCAGUCCAUUCCGUUAAGAAACUAUUUAAUGAAGCAUGUCAUGCCAACUCUUAUGCAAGGCUUGAAUCAGUGCUGCAUGGUUAGGCCUGAUGACCCUGUUGACUUCUUGGCAGAAUAUCUCUUCAAAAAUAAUCCUGAAUUUGACUAAAAAGAGUAAAACGUUGUUACAUUUUCAAUCAUAGUUCUUAAUCAUAGUUCUGUCACAUUACUUUUUAAAUGAUUUUAAAAUAGUGUGUUUAUGGUAAAAUAAAACAUCAUUAUUUAAAAUA